CAACAACCUUUUCCUCAUGGUCGAUGCUGAUAAUGUCGCUUAUGGCCUAGAAUUCUUAUUAUAUUUGAUGAAAGACGGCCAAGAGGCUUAAAAGAAAAGUGUUAGUUGGCAUUCGCUAGUUAAGGGUGAGGGAAGCAAGAAUAUAUUUCAGUGCCAGUUGUGGGUUGUUAUGCAGAGACACAUUGGGUGCUGAAAAGUAGUUACUGACAUGAAAGAACACACCUUUGAAAAAUCUGCAGUUGCUUGUGAAGUAACGUUUUUGUAUUGAAUUAGCUACACGAAUUCACCGCUAGCCAUCUUCACAUUUAGAAAAUGUUAUCGUCACCUAUUACAAUUAAUUGUUCGCUUCUGUGAUUUUUCUUCACACUUUCAUAGAGCCCAGUGCUGCACCAAACAUAACGAAACUUCUCAACACUAGUUCAACUAGUCUGCUUGUGACCUGGCUUCACAAUAUUCCACCUGAACAUUACAAUGGUAUAUUUCUUGGUUACCGGGUAAGAUGGACUGAGGAACCACAUACUAAUGAUUUAGGAUCCAUGGAGUUUGGAACUGAAGUAAACAGCUACAAUAUAAUAGACUUGAAAAGAUAUCAGUCUUACAGAGUUUACGUGGCUGGACGCUCCCAUGGUGGAGUUGGAGUUGAAAAUUACGAAGAAGCCAUGACAGAUGAAGACGUUCCUACAAAAGGUCCUACAAAACUGAUUGUCCAUGCAACUGGUAGUUCGAGCUUACGGGCAGAAUGGGGAGUGGUUCCGUUGUGCUGUAGAUAUGGGAUUAUUAGAGGAUACCAAGUUCUCCUUCUAGACCACGAGAGUAGAGAAGUUGUAACGAACGUGGCUGUUAGUGAAUCCACACUAUCGUUUGAGUUUCACAGUCUGCUGACUUUUUAUGCUUAUGACGUAUCAGUGGCUGCCUUCACUAUAAAAGGAAGUGGUGUUGCUUCUGAAAAUGGAACUGUAACGGGUGAAGCAGGUAUGUUAAUAAGCCUUAGCACUUAUUGAUCGCGUGGCCUGUGAUCCUUAGACGAUGAGCUCAACUUUUGAUAACAAUGCCAGAAAUCCAAAGGGCGUGGUCACUUGCUUCAAAGCUUUGAGGUUUGACGGAAAUAAAAACUUUUUGAAAAUCGUGCACUCAACGACAGUGACCGCAAAUGUGGCGUUCGUCAAAUGUUGUACUCUUUCUUUUCCUAUCAGUUAAGAGAAUCAUAAAGCUCCAGCAUUAGCACACAAUUUUGAUAACAGUCAACCCCUCCCCCUCCGGCAAAUAAUCUCUUAGAAUUUAGAGCUCCUUCCGAUGACAACCCAUGUUUCACUCACAUAACAGUCAUUAUUUUAGAAGCUCCAAGUGCAAUGCUUAUAUGUACAUGUAUUGUAUCUCGCUGGAGUAUGCUUACAGACUUGAGAUGUCUAUUUGGCAGACAUAAGUGUUUUCCUUUUUCUGUUUCAUAUCGUCACGUGUAUAGAAAUUCAUUAUGCGGUUCCCUAGUAUGUAUUUUGUUAAAGAGUCUUUUUAAAUUGUUUUUUAUCACAGCACCUGCCAACCCUCCCAUUGUCUCAGGGCAGUCUCACGAUUCCACCUCUGUUUCUGUCGAGUGGACAUUCGAUAAAUCCACCAGAAAUGUGUUAGGCGUUCUGCAAGGAUUUCACAUUUACUACGUUAGACAGGACGGUAGAGGCUUUCCUUUGGUCACAACAGGCGCGGAUGAAUCGUCGUUAAGGCUGAUUGAUCUCAAACCGUAUACUGAGUACAAUGUGACAGUGGGCGCCUUUACAAUGGCAGGUGAAACGAAUAGCAGUAGUGUUGUCGUCCGCACUCAACAAGAUGGUAAGGCAAAAUUUCACAUAGUUUAAUUCAACAACGAAGUUGAUUAGAAGUAAACUUU